AGUGAGUGAGCAAGCAAGAGAGGGAGGGAGACAAGAAGAGGGCAUGCAGUAAACGACUGAUAAUGCACAGCGAGUAACAGGAACCUAAGCCGUCAGAGUCCUGAGCUGCAGACAGAUCUCAUUAAAGAAUGUAUCGACCGUCGCAGCACAGUGUGUGUGGAGCCUGACAUUCCUUCAGGGCUGUGUGUGGUUGUCUCUUUUGUUUGUUGACUAUUAUCACUGCGCUUGUUUCAUUAGUGAGUGUGUGCGUUGACAUCUGCCCCCACCCCCUACUUCCUGGGGCCUGUCGCCAGGACAACCAUGGACUGCGGCUUGCGUCUGCCUCCCGUCAUUGAGGAGGUAUUGGAUUCUGCAGAUGAUGUGUGCGACCUGAAAGUGGAGCGGCCGGGCAUAGGCAGCGAGAUGACGGCCAAAGAGCGAGGGUCACUGGAGGAGAACGAGGAGAGAGAGCUGAAGGAGGUGGAGGUGGGAAAUGGAGAGAAGGGACAGGAGGAUGAGCGAGAAAAGAAAGAGGUAAAAGCGGAGGAGGGAAACAGCGAGGAACCGAAAAGAACAGAUGAGGAAGAUGAACUGGAGGUUCUGAGAUCACAGAUGGUACAACUGCUUUUGGAACUGGAGGAGACCAGAGAGGUGUCACAACGACACGAGGAGAGCUACAACGAACUUCAGGGUCUUUUGGAGGAAGAACGGCUGGCAAGCGCUCACCAGGCCGAGAGCUUUACAAGACAGAUCCAGAGACUUCAAGCCCAGCUGCGCUCUGUACAGGAGGAGUUGGACAGCCUGGAGGAGGAGAAGGCCAGCGAGCUUUGGGAGGCGCAGGAGGAGCUGCGUGUAGCACAGGAGGAUGUGCAGGAACUGCAGCAGGCGGCGGAGGAGGCCGCAGCUGAGCGAGAGAAUGAUAUCGCCCUGCUGCAGGAGGAGCUGUGCCGUCUGCGUGCUGAGUUGGAGCGCCUGCGUGGCACCACGCAGGAGUAUGAGAUGGAGUUGACCACGCUGCGAGCUGAGAUCACCAUGAAGAGCCAACACAGAGAAGAGCAGGAGAAAGCAGGAGGAGAGGGUGGGGUGGAUCAGUUGGUGGAGGAGUGUCGUUCUCUGAAAGACGAGUGUCAGAUGCUGAAAAACGACAACAACCAGCUCUCUGAGAAACUGGAGAUGUUGGAGCAACAGAGAGCCAGUUCCACUGACUCAUAUCUGGCCCUGAAAUCAGAGAAGAAUGAUGGAGAGAAUGACAUAGAAAACAAUGGAGAAAAAGAAGUGAAGGUAGAGGGUUUCAUCAGCAUGCUGGAUGUAGAACAAGGUGGGAAGUGGGUAGACGCUUAUACCCAGAAGAACAUCUCGUUUGAGGGGAAACCUGUCACCCCAACGGGCAGGAGUGGAGGCUUCUCUGAGGUGUUCUCCCUUAGAGAUCAGCUUAAACAGGCUGAGGAGAAAGCAUCACAGGUUCAGAGACAGUGUGAGGGUCUAAAAGGAGAGCUUCAAGAACUGCAGGGGCUCUACGAGAGCAGCCAGCGGGAGAGGGCGGAGCUGGAGGCGGAGCUACAGCAAUGCAGGGCGGAGCUUGAUCGGCUGGCUGGGAGGAAGGCUCAGAGCUCCACUCCUUCGUCUGAGUCCCUUAUUCUCUCCAUACCCUUCAUAGGAAUGGUUGUAAUAAUGGGCCUGAUAUGGUGCUGCUGGAAGGAGCUCAUGUCCUAAAGGGGGAAAGGAGAGUGAUGGAGACUGGAACCUGGCGAUGGUUGUUGCUGUGGCAGCAGCAGCAGUUUUACUCAUUCCGAGUUUGGCCAGAGCUUUGGCCUGAGGGUUGACAGGAAGUGACCUCAUCAUCGACCAUCAGCCCAACCAAUCGCCUCACCCUGGUACACAAUUUCUAUCAUCUUGACCACAUUUAACCACCAAUGGCUCCAAAUGUGAUGCUUUUCGAUGUGCAUUGUGCUGGUUGUUUGCCAUCUCAACUGCUUUGCUCUGCUUUUGUAGACAAUCAUAUCCGUUUUAACCAGCAGUGCUACAGACACUGAUACCAUGGGUAUAUGAAUGGUCAGAAUGGAGAAGAACUCCAGGAUUCUGACUGAUCCAGCUUCCCAAUCCAAUUCAUGAGUUGUUGUUUUUUCUUCCUUAAUGGAUGACUGACCAUUUCAGACAUCCUCCAGAUACUAUUUGCCUUAUCACUUUUCGAUAGAACAUUUGCACAUUUUACCUCUUUUUUUUUUUCCUCCUCAAAAUAAACAGAUUUCGGAUCUCCUUUGGAUGAAGAGGAUUCUGUUCUUCAUCAGUAAUGAUUUGGAUGCCACAAAUUGCUUUUUGCUUCACUGCUUUUUCAAUUAGGUAGGAGCAUGCAGUACUAUUUAAUAUUUUAAGAUCCUUCCCUGGCAUUUUCAGUUAUUAUGUACUGAAGUCACAGUACUGUCAGAAUCAUUUGUGUUUGGGCUGAAUUAAUUGAAAAUUCAUUCACUUUUUUUUCCAUUGCACGUUCCCUUCGGUUUCAACCAAAACCAAUUGUACAAUAACUCACUGUAUGCUAUCAAAGGAGAAUACUCAUGUGAAUGUUAUUUGUUAUUUUUAUGUUGUGAUAAAAGCUAUUGAUUUUGAAGGAAAACACAAUCGAGUGUUUCAAGAAUUCAGUGGGCCAUCAAGGUGGUUUAAGAUAAUCCCAGCAGGUAAAUGCGCUCUGCAAUUUAACUUGAUCUUAUUUUAAAUGUACACAGAUAUUUUUGUAUCUGAAUUUAUUCAGAGACAUGAAAUCUAUAGAUUGAUUUUGUGCGAAUAGAUUGAUAAAUGAUGCUAAAAAGAGUGAGACAUAUUUUUAUAAAAUGGUUGACUAAUGCAGAAAUAUCUCGAAAACAAUAGAGUGUAAUGAACAAGCACAGAUCUACUAUAUUUCCAUUAUUGCAUUGAUGUUGUAGUGAUUUUAUCUUAAAGUUUGAAUUUUUGCAAUUACACAGCAAAUUUGUCUUAUGAAUCUUUAUGAUCUUUUCUUUGCAAAGAAACCUGUGUUGUUUUAUUUUUUAAAAAGAGCAUUCACGAGAUAUUAUGGUCCAAAAUGUUAUAAAAAAACUGUUAAAGAGAAACUUUACUGAGACAUUAAAUAUCGCUCACAAUGCAAUUCAGAUCUGUAGCAUAAAUACACAUAUCUUAAUUACAAAGCUAAUAAGAGUGCUACCUGUAAGCAGAAACUUCCAUACUUCCUUUCACCAAAAAUAUGUAACAUGUCUUAAAUGAUUUAUCUUCAACUAAAGAGGUUUGCAAGGGAGAAAUGUACUUAUACGUAUCUUUUUUCUUUCAGUAGUCUCUUCAAUUGUCAGAGACUUAAUUUUGGGGUCUCUGUGUGGAUGGGGACUAUUGUAGAAAUACUUUCUUGUAUGAAGAUCAAUAUUAUCUGUACUAAAUUCAUAUCCACCAUGUAAAGAUUCUGGUAAUCUAAUGCUUUAAGCCUUGAGGUACUAUUGUUAUGAACAAAAUCUAUCACUUUAUUACUAGAAUCUCUAUUGCUAUAUAAUCUUUUCUGGUAUACACACAAAUUGUCCUCACCUGAUGUCUUUAGGAGUCAUUUUCAACAAACACAAAGUAGACUUCUCUACGAAGUAACUACAUUGUAGUACUGUGGAAAUACUUGCUUCUAGAUAGUUGACUAGCAUUGUGGCAGUGAUUUCUCUGUAGCGUGGUUUUAAAAUAUAGAUGACACUCUCAGACCUGGGAUAGUUGUUGUUGAUAAGUCUGUGUUUGGGUAUAUCUACAGUAUAUCCUAAGGUUGUCAAGUGCUGUUUUUGCUCUCCUGUUUAUAGACUCAGAACUCAGUGGUAGCACAGCUGUAUGUUCUAUGUGGUGAACUGACUUUCUAAAAGACAGUGCAUGCUACACAGUGACUUGUCUUUUAAAUAAAAAUGUGGUAUUUGUGCCGCAAUGUAUUGAAAGUUUUAUUACUUUGAAAUCUAAAAACGUGUAAAGGAAUAAUUCACCCAAAAAUGAAAAUUCUGUCAUAGUUUACUCACCCUCAUGUCGUUCUAAUUCUGUAUGACUUUCUUUCUUAUGCAGAACACAAAAGAUGUUUCAAUGAAUAUCGCAGGCCUCUAUUCAAUACAAUGGCAGUGGAUAUUGCCUCACUUUAAAGCUUAAAUAAGUACCCAAAAUUAUAAUAAAAGUAGUUCAUGUGAUUCGUGCAUCAUAAUCCAAGUCUUCUGAAGGCAUGCAAUAGGAUAUGGUCGUUUUUCAAGUUAUUUUUUAGUUAAAAUCUUGAUGUCCAUUGCACGAUCAUGAGCACUAUGACUUAAAGGAAUAUUCUGGGCUCAAUACAAGUUAAGCUCAAUUGAAAGCAUGUGUGGCAUAAUGUUGAUUACCAAAAAAAUAAUUUCAACUCAUCCCUCUUUUUCUUUAAAAAAAAAAAAAGCAAAAAUCAAGGAUACAGUGAGGAAUUUACACUGGAAGUGAAUGGGGCCAAUUUUUGGAGGGUUUAAAGGCAUAAAUGUGAAGCUUAUAAUUUUAUAAAAUCACUUACAUUAAUUCUUCUAUUUUUUGAGCUGUAAAGUUGUUAAAAUCAUAAUUUUUACAGUCAUUUUAGGAUUUGUUGACCUUACAGUUAGCUAUAACUUUACACAGAAAAGGAUAGUAAGCCAUUUUAUCACACUAAAAUCAUGUUAAUACAAAUACUGUUUGUGUCUCGUAGCUAUACUUUUGAAACAGUGAGUAUUUUAACAUUUACGGAUUGGCCCCCAUUCACUUCCAUUGUAAGUGUCUCACUGUAACCCAAAUUUUUGCUUUUUAAAGAAAAGGAGGGGCAAGUCAAAAUAAAUGUUUGUGGUAAUUAAUAUUAUGCCAUGAAUGCUGUCGAUUAAGAUUAACUUGUAUUGAACCCAGAAUUUUCCUUUGAAGUUCAGGUUGUUUUUCACCAGAAAUCAUCAUAUGGGUUUGGAAAAACAUGAGGGCGAGUAAAUUAUGACAGAAUUUUCAUUUUAGGGGGAACUAUUGCUUUAAUUUGUUUCGAAUUUACAAUGAUGAUGAAUUGAUCAAUUAUGAUGAUGUAGUCAGAUAAAAAGGAUAUUUUGUUUUUAAAGACAUGACUUACACAGACUAAAGUCUCUCCACUCUCAAUAACUCUUCCACUCAGUACUUGUAAAUCUUGUAAUAUUUACAGAUUGUGUAUAUGCAUGUCCGUGAUGGUAGAUUCUGCAUGCUGAGUGAUAGAAACCAGUGGUAAAAUUCAGCUUGUGUGAGAAUUUCAUACAAGACUGCCAAGUAGACUUCGCAUGAACUGUCCAAAUCUGCAUCCUGAAACCUGAAAUUGUUGUAACAACUUAAAUUGUUUCUUUUUGCAAUUUUUUUUUUUAAAAACCUUUCAUAUUUGUUUUGUGUCUAAGACUAAUGACCAAUGUCAUUUCUGUUCUAUUUUGUUUUAUCUGUUCAAUGCUCUGUUACUUUGAUCAUGGAUAAAUCCAAUACGACAAGAAACUGAACGUAGGCAAUCUUUGGAAAGCUCAGUCUUUCUCCAAAUGGAUUAUGAAAUACUAUAUAAAAAUCUAAGCUUUAUCGAUACUAUAUGGUCUCAGUGAUGAAUUUUGAAUGUAAUUUUGUUGCUUAUUUAAGUCCAUACAUUAUCUCCACACCACUACAAAGUCUCUCCUCUGUUCAGUUUAUUUUCUAACUUAAGUUAUAGGACAAUUGUGAAUUUUACAGGCAAACAGAAUUGUUAGAAAUCCAUGAAAGGUGUAAAUGCCGCUUUACUGGAUGUUGGGGAGUAUAUAAAUGUAUGGAAAUGUGUGUAUCUGACAAUGUGGCAAUGCUGCUGCUUUUCUGUAUGUGGUUGUGUAACUGUAAUUGUACUGUACAGUGUCUUUGACAUGUUUCUAUGUUGUCCUGCCUUAACAGGCAUUUAUGUACAAUAAAUAAUAAUACAAUUUGGAGUAUUUUGGUAAUAAUGUACACAGCAUAUUUUGUAAAUGAAUGGGGAAAAAAUAAAGUAGUUUAUCCAUGGUAUACUGA